AUGACACGGUGGCAGCAUUUGAAUGGUCUAGAAUUGGCCGAUACGCAGUUCGGUAUUCCUAGCAAUAUCGACAUUCUUAUUGGUGCGGAUGUAUGGGGGAAAGCAGUCGAAGGGGACAUAAGACUCGGUGGCCUCAAUGAGCCACAUGCCCAGCGAACCCGCUUCGGCUGGGUUGUCUUCGGUCCAGUGCCAGCAGCGCAGCCAGCAACGCCGCCCCAGCAAGGCGAAGAGGACGCACGUUUGGAGGAGCUCGUAAGAUGCUUUUGGAAGUUAGAGGAAGUGCCUUCGCAAGAUUGUUACGGCGAAGAUGAAUGUGAGAAAAUCUUUUUGACCACACACUCCCGCACAAGGGAAGGGCGCUACAUGGUUCAUAUACCAUUUCAGCCUGACGCACCGGCUUUGGGCAACUCAUACGCCCAUGCUUUACGACAAUUUCACCUUCUUGAACGACGACUAGCAGCGAAUUGUGAGCUCAAGAAAAAAUACAUUGCCUUCAUGCGCGAAUACGCGAACCUCGGCCAUAUGGAACCCGUUAGUCACAUUGGAGAUGGGGGGGGGGUCAACUACUACAUCCCUCACCACGCGGUUCUGGAAAAGUUCCGCGUUGUGUUCAAUGCUUCAGCGCGGACCACGAGCGGCCUCUCAUUGAACGACAUCCAGUUGGUGGGAGCCACGAUUCAAGAACCACUUGUAAAUAUCAUCUUUCGUUUGCGGUGUUUUCGCGUAGCAUUAACAGCAGACAUCGAGAAAAUGUUCCGUCAAAUUCUGAUAACUCCCGAACAUAGGGAUUUCCAACGCAUUAUUUGGAGAGAAUCACCAGACACUGACCUAGCAGUAUACCGUUUAACUACAGUGACGUAUGGGAUGGCUUGUAGCCCGUACAACGCAGUUCGCGCACUCAAUCAAUGCAGUUAUGAUAACUACAACGUAGUCGCAGAUGGUCAUCAGUCGAUUGUUGCGCGCGAUGCGAUUCUGUCAUCAUUUUAUGUAGGUGAUUUUCUCAUCAGUUGUGACACUGAGGAUAAAGCCUUCGAACUCGCUGUCAAUGUGAGUGCGAUUUUGUCGGCCGGACAGUUCCGUUUACGAAAAUGGAAUUCUAAUAGUGGUGAGGUUGUAAAGCGUUUAAUUAAUAACAAUUCCUCAAUCGUAGAGUUAGCAAGUGAACCAUCGACGGAAACUGUGCUUGGUUUAAGUUGGGACCCAACAACAGAUGAGAUUUUUUUCAAAGCGAAUCUAAACCAGAACAUCGGAUGUCUCACAAAAUGUCGGGUUUUAAGUGAGGUCGCCAAACUAUUUGAUCCUACUGGCAUGCUUGCUCCAAUUGUUAUUCCCGGGAAGAUAUUUAUUCAGAAGUUGUGGUCUGCUGGCUUAGAAUGGGAUGCACCACUCCCAGAUGCACUUCAAAGUACGUGGGUCUUAUUUUACAGAGAACUUGACGUUAUAAACCGUAUCCGUGUACCACGAUGGUUAGGUUUGGCUGAGGGUAAGACUACUACGCUACUUGGGUUUUGUGAUGCAAGUCCACUUGCCUAUGCGGCUGUCCUCAAUACUAGGACAACAGACGGUGAAGGUCGGUCAACUGUAUCAUUGCUAACAGCUCGCACCAAAGUGGCGCCACUCAAGGGUGCAACGAUUCCUCGCCUAGAACUUUGUGCGGCACAUUUACUCGCAUCCACACUUGACAGUGUGCGGAUUGCUUUACGUCUAACGGACACUUCUUAUCAUUUAUGGUCCGACUCGCGAAUCGUGUUAUGUAGACGGCCAAAUAAUUCCAUUAAGCGAACGCUUUAG